AUGGCGUGUUCCUUUCCAACCAACCAAGCCAUCGUUGUGGGCGGUGGCUUAGGAGGAAUGUCCGCGGCCAAUACGGUCGUGGAGCACGGAGGACGCGUCGUCCUCCUGGACAAGUCGUCGUUUUGCGGCGGCAACAGCACCAAAGCCACCUCCGGCAUCAACGGUGCAGGCACGAAGACCCAGAAAGCCAAGGGAAUCCCCGACAAUGCGGAGAUCUUCACCCAGGACACUUUGAAGGGUGGCGCCAAGAAGCCCGAGCUAGCAAAGCUUCUGUGCGUCAACAGCGCCGAUGACGUGGAUUGGCUGGUGGACAAGUUCAACCUUGAUCUGUCCCUGGUCGCCCGCCUGGGUGGCCAUUCGCAGCCACGCACGCACCGAGGGAAGGAGCGCUUCCCGGGCAUGACCAUUACUUACGCCCUGAUCCAGAUGCUGGAGAAGGUUGCUGAGAAGACGGACCUGGCGCGGAUCAUCACGAAGGCCAAGGUCUUCAAGCUCGUGACGGACAAGAACGCCUGCGUGGGCUGCGUCUACGAGAAGGGCGGCCAGAACUUCCAGGAGUUCGGCCCCGUAUCCCUUGCCAUCCGGUUGCCCUUCGUGCCCGAGAUGGGAGGGAAGUGGAGGGCGAGCAGCAAGGUUCUUGUUGAUGCCGAGCUGGCUUGGAGAAGCUCGAGGCCGGUCGUCGGGAUGACUGGCGCACCUAAGCAAGACUCCCUGGCUGCAAGUCGGGAUUCCUUGUUCGCCAGGCAUCCAAGAACCCAGAGGACCAUCGCGGGCUUAGUUUCUAUAACACCUGAGCCACCCUUGCCGGCUCUGCCACUUCUGGAGCGGAAGAUGAUCUGUCCUCCAGAACCCUUCAAGAGGUCCGCCCCGGCGAAUACCCAGGCAUACCUCCGCCGGGAAGCAGGCGGCCCGGACUUUGCCGUGGCAUCUGAGGGUUCGCCGGAGGCACCUUCAGGAGUUAUGAGCCCUGCCCAUGCGCCCGGAAACAGUCCAUCUAUAGAACUGGCAUGGCGCGUUGUCCACGCCGCCGAAACUCGGAAGGCAGCUCUCUUGGAGCAGCGCGCCUAUGCGUUGAGAGUGAGGAGGACCAUCCCUGCGCCAAGCUCACUGAACACGACUUUUCCAAGCCAGAAGUCGGUGUCCAUGUCUCCUCACUUCAGGGACUUGGACCGCAACGGCGAGAAUGGCAGCCUCAGGCCACCAUUGCCCUAUGGAGCGUCAAGUCCGCUCACGCCGCCGGC